GCGGCCUUCGGCCUCAUGACCAUCGCCAUCAGCACCGACUACUGGCUGUACACGCGCGCGUUCAUCUGCAACACCACCAACCUCACGGCCGGCGACGACACGCCGGCCCACCGCGGGGGCAGCGGCUCCUCGGAGAAGAAGGACCCCGGCGGCCUCACCCACUCGGGGCUCUGGAGGAUAUGCUGCCUGGAAGGGUUGAAAAGAGGUGUCUGCGUGAAGAUCAACCAUUUCCCGGAGGACACGGACUACGACCAUGACAGCGCGGAGUAUCUGCUCCGAGUCGUCCGGGCCUCCAGCAUCUUUCCCAUCCUCAGCGCCAUCCUGCUGCUGCUCGGGGGCGUGUGCGUGGCGGCCUCCCGGGUCUACAAAUCCAAGAGGAACAUCAUUCUGGGCGCAGGGAUCCUGUUCGUGGCAGCAGGCCUGAGCAACAUCAUCGGCGUGAUCGUGUACAUCUCGGCCAACGCGGGCGAGCCGGGUCCGAAGCGGGACGAGGAGAAGAAGAACCACUACUCGUACGGCUGGUCCUUCUACUUCGGCGGGCUGUCGUUCAUCCUGGCCGAGGUGAUCGGCGUGCUGGCCGUCAACAUCUACAUCGAGCGCAGCCGCGAGGCGCACUGCCAGUCUCGCUCGGACCUGCUCAAGGCCGGCGGGGGCGCGGGCGGCAGUGGCGGGAGCGGCCCCUCGGCCAUCCUCCGUCUGCCCAGUUACCGCUUCCGCUACCGCCGCCGCUCCCGCUCUAGCUCCCGCUCCAGCGAGCCGUCGCCGUCGCGGGACGCGUCUCCCGGCGGCGCCGGGGGCCCGGGCUUCGCCUCCACGGACAUCUCCAUGUACACUCUCAGCCGCGACCCGUCCAAGGGCAGCGUGGCCGCGGGGCUGGCGGGGGCCGGCGGCGGCGGCGGCGGUGGCGGAGCCGGCGGGGCGUACGGCGGCGCGGCGGCGGGCGCGGGCGGCGGCGGCGGGGCGGGCGCCGAGCGGGACCGCGGGGGGGCGCCCGGCUUCCUCACGCUGCACAAUGCCUUCCCCAAGGAGGCGGGCGGCGGGGUCACGGUCACGGUCACCGGGCCGCCCGCCGCGCCCGCUCCCGCCCCGCCUGCGCCCGCGGCGCCAGCCCCCGGGACCCUGGCCAAGGAGGCCGCCGCCUCCAACACCAACACGCUCAACAGGAAAACCACGCCGGUGUAG